GUUCAUAGAUGUAUUCAGGGGCGGACUGACCAUUUGGAAACUCUGGCACUGUCCGAGGGCCCGGGGUCAGUAGAGGGCCCCAUGAGAUGCCCCUGGUACCUUUUUCAUAGGCGUUUUUGAGUUUGGGCAAGGACACAGGGGCCCCAUGAGCCCCUAUUGCCCGGAGCCCCAUGAGUUGUCAGUCCUCCCCUGGAUGUAUUUACAUAAUUUCCUUUGUUUCCAGACUGUCUUCCACAAUGCACAAAGCAAUACUAAAUCACACUUG